AUGCAUAUCACCUCACCGUUUCUCUCUUUGAGCACAUCUUUCCGCUCUAGAAGCCCAAAACCAGGCAGCGACACCUCAACCGCAAGCUCAACAACCACCUCACCACCCUCCUCCCCAACUUCCACCCACUUGCCUCAAAGCUCUCCACACCACCUCUUCAGCUUAUCCUUCCACCCCUCCAAAGCCCACACAUUCCAGGGGCAACCCGACAGUGUCAGAAAAACAAGUAACGGAAAUACAUCAACCCGCCCGCGUCCGGCCUCCGAUACCCACAGUGCCGGCGUUAGCGUGCUCCCCUGCGCUGUUUUAAGCGGCCGCUCGAUGAUUGUCCGUCGACGACCGUCUAAGAUUGAUAUGGCGCUGAGCGAAGAGCGGUCGCGAUGUGAUGGGGACGCUAUUGAGAGACAGGGGUUGGGGCUGAUGGAACCUCGGCCGGUGGAUCUGAUUGGGGAGGUGAAGCCUAACUUGGUGAUGGGCGGCAUCUUUGAGGUUAUGGAGGGGCGGGCUUAG